AUGCCGAUUUCCAAGAAGGACAGAAUCUCACGCGAGCACAAAAAGGCCGAUGCGGCCGGUACCCGUGUGCAGGUAAAUCCAAACGGCACACCCGUCAAGCCAGCAAAGGCCAAGGUCGUCUGCGCUUUCUGCCGCAAAGAGCUUGAUGCUUCCAACACCAAGAUCCUCGAGCAGCACUCUACCACCCACGCCGAUGCCUGGACCAAGGAGAAGUGCUGGCCUACUAUUCAAUGGCCGUAG